AUGAUUUUCGGCUUGUUUUUCGCGGUGAUUCGACUAGAUUUAAGUUCAGGAUGUACUAUGACUAACAAUAAACCAAACUGCGCGUGUUUGUUUCCAUUCUUGCCCUGUUGGUACCCCCUGAGCCCCGACGAUUUGAUCAAGAAGCGGCGCAGCAAUGACAUCGACAAGCAGAUUGCUAAAGACAAGGAGGAGUUUAAUAAAACCCUCCGCUUGUUACUGUUGGGGGCCGGGGAGUCAGGCAAGUCCACCAUCAUCAAACAGAUGCAGCUUAUCCACGUGGAUAAGUUCAGUGAUACGGUUAGGAAGCAAAGACGGGACGAUAUUAGAGACAAUCUGGCUGAUGCGAUAGUGAGCAUACUUGGGGCCAUGCCCAAAAUCACUCCGCCAGUCAGAUUAGAUAAUGAGAGGCAUGAGACAAUGGCAAAGUGGGUGCUAGAUAACGCAACUAAGCAGGAUUUUGAUUAUCCGAGCCAGUUUUACGAGUUUACGAAAAUUUUGUGGAAGGAUACAGGCGUUCAGGCCACUUUUGAGAGGAGUAACGAAUAUCAGUUGGUAGACAGUGCUAAGUAUUUUUUGGAAAAGAUCGACGAAAUUGCAAGGGAUGAUUACAUGCCCACUGAUCAGGAUAUUAUAAGAUGCAGGGUCCUAACUACGGGUAUUUACGAACUCUCCUUCCAAGUCAAGGAAAUUAAUUUCCAAAUAAUCGACGUUGGGGGGCAGCGGGACGAGCGCCGCAAGUGGUUCUUGUGCUUCAAUGACGUCACGGCGAUUAUCUUCGUCACAGCUUGUAGUUCCUAUAAUUUGGUUUUGCGCGAAGACCCGUCCAAAAACCGCCUCAAAGAGAGCCUCGAAUUGUUCAAAAUCGUGUGGAACAACCGCUGGUUGUGCCGCAUUUCCGUGAUAGUGUUCUUAAAUAAGCAGGAUCUCUUCAGGGAAAAAAUCCUCUCAGGGCGCAGUAAACUCGAGGACUACUUUCCCGAAUAUAAAGACUUCAAGACGUCGCACGUGGAACGCGACGAGCAUCCCGAGGUGAAUCGGGCCAAACAUUUUAUAAAAAACGAGUUUGAAAAAAUUAGCCGAUUGAGCAAUCAAUCGUUACAGCACCGGUUUUACCCCCAUUUCACGUGUGCGGUAGACACUGACGACGUUAAGAGGGUCUUUGAUGUGUGUCAAACGGUGUUUGACGACUGUCGCAAAAACAUCCAAAUCAAGCAUCUCAUCGAACACGAUUUAAUGUAACUGUGGUACUUAUGCAAGCAUUUAUUUUUGUUAUCUAUUGUAGUUUACUUUUAUGUUCUCAAAGAACGAAAACUAGUCUAGUCGGUUUCUGAUUCAGUAUUUGUAUGUGAUAUAGCGAGAGUCGAAAUAAAACGCGGUCAAGAGUGCUGUGACAUUAUGUAAAUUAAACAAUUGGUAUAUUUGACAGAUUAUUGAUAGGUGUUGACGUUCAUGUCAUAGCACCCUUGACCACGCUUACUUGUUAAAACGAAUUUUUAUGCUUCCUCCAGUGGCGCCUCGGCAGUUCAAAACUAGGCAAAAUUGUAUCAAAAUUGAUAAAAAUCAAUCAGUUAACUACCUGGAAAAUUACGUUAUUUUGAGGUACAAACCCAAGAAGGAGAAAAGAUUCAUUACUAUUCAUUAAUUUUAGGUGGAGUCACUUCACCUAUUUGAUUAAGCGAGUCGCCACUGGCUUUUUUAGUUUUCAUCCUGUUAUUCGUGCCUUUACACGAACUAAAAUCUGGACAAAAUUAUUUGUGCCUUAAUUUAUUUUUUUAUUGUUUUCUCUAAUAAAGAUCUGUCUGAUCUUAAUCUCCCAGUAGUUGAGUAUCUCACACUGUAAUAAAUAAGUCAAUAAAUUAACUGCGGCUAAGCCUA